GGCGCCGCCGCGCCCGCGCCGCGCGCGGGCCCCUCGCGGGAAGGCGGCGCCGCGCCGCGGGCCCGCGCGGCGACAUGCAGACUACCUCCAGCGCGCAUCGGAUGACGUGCGGCUCCAUGGGUGCGGUGCACGUGGGCGCGGUGGCGGUCUUCGUGGUCGGUGUCGUGCAGUUCGUCCAGUACAGCAUGUUGAUGCGCUUCGAUGGGUACGAGGAUUGACAUGAAGAAGAUGAUCGACGUAGACGAGGGUACAGGCGACUCCGAGUUGGGCUCGAUCGGCUUGACCGUCAACCUUUGUUUCGCCGCCGCGAUUGUGUCAAUCGGCAUCGGAGCCGUCGGCUGCCUGGGGAACCACUGCGAGAGCAAGGGCCCCCUGUGCUGCUACUUCAUGACCACAGUCGCCCUGGCCCUGUUCUACUUCGGCAUCGCGCUGUAUUCCUACACCGUGGGCACGUCGGUGGUGCCCCUGGCGGAGCGGCAGAUCGCGGAGUUCUGCAACACAUCCCUGAACUUCGCCUACGAGACCCGGAUGGGCUGCAACGACGACUCAAACAUUCACAACAUCGAGAAGCACGUCAAGGCGCCGGGGGGCCGCGGCUGCGAAGAGUGCGACGAGCGGGUGAGCCUCAUCAGGAGAAUGGGCGGCUGCGGGUACCUGAUGCGGUUGUGCCACAAGUACGACUACAGCACUGUUGGUGAAGGUUACUGCCUCGUGGCGACCGAGAACGGCAGCGAGUACCUGCCCCCGACGGUCCCGAGCAGCCGGGGCAGCAACGUGUCCUCGGACUGUUGUUUGCAGGCCUGUGAUGCCUCAGUGGGCUGCAGUGGCUUCACAUACCAGUCAUCCACCAAGAGGUG